AUGGUAUCCAGAUGGAUCAAUGGUGGAUUCCAGCAAGAAAAGAGUGACCCCAAGAAAGACGACGCCCUAGAACAAUGUUUGGUAUGCAGUCAAUUCGGAAUUCCGAAUUUCCACUCCACGAGCUGCGAUCCUACACAUCAACCUGCAUGGGAGGCUCUCGCCGGAUCAUCUUUAGUUCCGAUCAAGGCCCGUCGUCAGUUUAAAGAUCAAAACCGGAGGUCGUCAACGGAGGGAUUCAUCCCUCGCGUUUUGGAUCCCCGUAGCGACAGAGUGAUGUGGUGGAGUCGAGUAUUUCUUUUUGCACGUUUCGCUGCAUUGGCCGUAGAUCCGUUCUUCUUUUUUGCACUGGCAGUGGCUGACGACGGUGAUGGUGGUGGUGGGCCGUGUAUAUAUAUAGACGAAAGGGUAGUGAGAGCGGUGAGCAUUGUACGAACUUGCGUCGACGCCAUGCACCUGUGCCACGUGUGGCUUCAGUUCCGUUUGGCUUACGUGUCUAAGGAAUCUUUGGUUGUUGGAUGCGGGACGCUAGUGUGGGAUGCACGUGAUAUCGUCUUUCAUUACCUUCGAUCCCUUACAGGAUUUUGGUUAGAUGCAUUCGUCCUGUUACCAAUCCCCCAGGUGGCAUAUUUAUGGGUACUACCAAGAUUCCUAAUAGAAGAGAAGGUAUCGACCAUAAUGAUACUUGUACAACUCAUUUUCUUGUUCCAAUACAUCCCUAAAGUUUGGCAUGGCUACAUCUUAAUGUAUCGUAUGCGGCUUGUCAACGGGUACAUCUUUGGGUCAAUCUGGUUUCGUGUAGGCCUCAGUUUCAUGGCUUACUACCUUGGUUUUCAUUCAUCAGGAGGAUAUUGGUAUGCACUAGCCAUACAACGUGUUGUUUUAUGCCUAACUAAACAAUGUGAUGCUAGCAAGAAAUGUAGUACCCUCUUUCUAUCGUGCUCAAGUAAUCCCAAGUCUAGAAGUAGAAGCUCCAUGUGCUUAGAUGAGGACGGGUCUUUUCCUUAUGGAAUCUAUCAGUUUGCGAUUCCUGUAAUUUCAAUUGAUUCUGUCGCCUCAAGGAUCUCAUACAGUGAGUUAUGGGGUAUAACUUCUUUCAGGCAAGAAAACUUGAACAAAAGAUGCCCUCACUCUUAUAAUAUUCCAUUGCUUUGUGAGAUCUUGGAGGUGAUUUUGUCAUGUUAUAUGGUGCUUGUUGGGCUACUUCUUUUCACUGUGCUAGUUGCAACUAUUCAGGUAUUCUUGUAUGCACUUGCGGGAAGGACUACUAGAGCACAAAUAACACUUAGAGACAUGGAAUGGUGGAUGAAACGAAGACAAUUGCCUUCUGCUUUGAGAAAAAGAGUUCGCCAUUUUGAGAAUCAAAGGUGGUCAUUUAUGGGAGGUCAAGAUGAUAUGGACAUGAUCCAAGAUCUGCCUGAAGGACUUAGACGAGAUAUCAAACGUUAUCUUUGCUUGGACCUCAUAAAAAAGGCACCAUUUUUCAACUUCAUGGAUGAUGUAAUUCUUGACAAUAUUUGUGAUCGAGUUACAUAUUUCGUCUACUCAAAGGGCGAAAAGAUUAUCAGAGAAGGAGAUCCUGUGGAGAGAAUGGUGUUUAUAGUUGAUGGAAAAGUAAAAAGAACCCAAUUACUAAGUCGAGGGAUGGUUGCAACAAGCACAUUAGAACCAGGGAGUUUCUUUGGAGAUGAGCUACUUUCAUGGUGCCUUCGUGUUCCAUUUAUAGACCGUUUUCCUGCUGCAACUGCUACAUUCACGUGUGUCAAGCCAACAGAAGCAUUUGCACUAGAUGCUAAACAUCUAAGGUACAUCACUAAUCAUUUUCGUUACAAUUUUGUUAAUGAAAAAAUGAAGCGAAGGGCAAGGUACUAUUCAUCAAACUGGAGAACAUGGGCUGCUGUUAAUAUACAAAUUGCAUGGCGCCAUUAUGUUUCAAGAACAAGGAGGGGGACAUUGAACCAUGGUUCGAGGAAUAAUGCCCGGCUUCAACAUUAUGCGGCUAUGUUCAUGUCGUUUAAGCCUCACGACCACCUUGAAUGA